AUAUUAAGGUUCCUCAGAAAUUAUUCUGCAGGAUUUCAAAAUCUCAACAACUGAAUCAUGGAUAUUUUUUCAGUUCUGAAAGUUGUAUUAACCUUCAUAUGUUUGAUAGUACGAGAAUUUGCUUGCAAUGUCAAUGCCCAGAUGAUGGAUUGCCUAGAGUCUGAUAGAGAAGCUCUUGUUGACUUUAGAAAGGGUCUUAUUGAUCCUGGAAACCGGCUCUCAACAUGGCAAGGAACCAACUGCUGCCAAUGGCAGGGAAUAAUUUGUGAUGGCAGAACUGGAGCUGUUAUUACAGUGGAUCUCCACAACCCGCAUCCACCAAAUGUUGGUAAAGUGCUCCAAGACUCAAUUCCUUCUGAUUCUUCUGCCGGUGACAGGUAUGGAUUCUGGAACCUGAGUGGGAAGCUUAGACCUUCACUAACGGCACUCAAGUCCUUGAGACAUCUAGACUUGAGUUUCAACUCAUUUAUUGGUAUUCCCAUUCCCAGUUUUUUUGACUCUUGGGAGAACUUGCAGUAUCUAAACCUAUCAAAUGCUGGGUUUAGUGGUGUAAUUCCUCCAAAUUUGGGGAACCUCACAAGCUUGCAGUAUCUUGAUGUCACUGAUUAUGACUUACAUGUUUUAAGCGCUGAAAAUCUUGAUUGGGUGACUGGUCUUGUCUCACUGAAAUAUUUGGCAAUGAGUGGAGUUAACUUAUCAGUUGUAGGAUCAAACUGGGCUGGGCAAUUGAACAAGCUUCCCCAUUUAACUGAGUUACACUUAUAUUCUUGUCUCUUAUCUGGAUCCAUUGCAUCUCCUAUAUCUGUUAAUUUUACUUCACUUGCAGUAGUAGACCUCAGUUUUAACAGCUUCAACUCAAGGUUCCCCGCCUGGCUUGCGAACAUCAGUAGCCUGGUUUCCCUUGAUGUGAGCUUUAGCAGCUUGAAUGUUGGUAGAUUUCCACAUGCUUUUAGUGAAUUACCCAAUUUGCGGUUCCUGAAACUUGUGGAUACUUUCAACAAAGCACGUUGUUCUAAAAUAUUUACUGGAAGCUGGAAGAAGAUAGAAGUUCUUGAUUUGUCGUUCAAUCGUUUAUAUGGAAAACUCCCUGCCUCCCUUGGAAACAUGACAUCUCUUACUUAUCUCAGUCUUUAUUGGAAUGACAUCCAGGGAAGGAUUCCAAGUUCAAUUGGCAAACUUUGCAACCUGAAAUAUCUUUCCUUGAGGUUUAAUAACCUUAAAGGAAAGAUACCUGAAUUCCUUGGAGGUACAGUAAACUGCACUUCUGAAACUCCUUUCCCCAGCUUGGAGGUCUUAGUGCUGAGUUCAAACCAGUUGGUUGGUCAAUUGCCAAAUUGGCUUGGUAGCCUUAAAAAUCUGGCUGUUCUUGAUUUGGAGUACAACUCACUUCAAGGUCCAAUCCCUCCUUUAGGCAAUUUGAAAAAGCUAGUUGUACUCAAGCUUGCUGAAAAUGAACUAAAUGGUACCCUCCCUGAUAGUUUACAAUACCUUUCUGAGCUGUAUGAACUGGAUGUCUCAAACAAUCACUUCACAGGAAUAUUUUCUGAAGCACAUUUCUCAAAGCUAAGCAAAUUGAAAACCUUGUAUUUGUCUGGAAACUCUUUCAUUUUGAAUGUCACUUCCUUUUGGGUUCCUCCAUUUCAGCUGGAGUCUCUUUACAUUAGUUCUUGCUGUCUAAACUCUUCAUUUCCUGUUUGGCUUAAAUCUCAAAGCGACAUCAUUUAUCUACAUUUCUCAAAUGCCAGUGUUUCAGGAAUUGUGCCCGAUUGGUUUUGGGAUAUGUCUGCUAAUCUGAAGGACUUAAAUGCUUCUUUCAACCAAUUACAAGGUAGAUUACCAAAUCCAUUAAAAUUAUCUGCCGAUGUUUUGGAUUUGAGUUCGAACCUCUUUGAAGGGCACAUUCCUCUUCCUAGUGUCCCCAUAUCGGUUCUAGAUCUUUCAAACAAUCAACUUUCCGGUCCUAUCCCAAAUAGAUUAGGUGAAGUGUUAGCAACAACAAGGUUCUUUUCUCUUUCCGGGAAUCAACUGACCGGUGUGAUUCCAAUCUCUCUAGGAGAUAUGAUGUCAGCUCAAGUAAUUGAUCUUUCAAGAAACAAUUUAACAGGAAGCAUUCCAUCCAAUUUAGGAAAUUGUUCUUCUCUAAAGGUUCUAGAUCUUCAACACAACAACUUGUCCGGCGAGAUUCCAGGAUCUUUGAGUCAGCUAAAUAUGCUUCAAACACUUCACCUCAGCAACAACAAAUUCUCAGGUGAAAUACUAUCAUUUCUCCAUAAUUGGUCGAGUUUGGAAACUCUGGACCUUGGAUACAACAGGUUGACAGGAAAUAUCCCACCUUUGACCGGCAAUGUUCUCCCGAAUCUUAGAAUACUUAGCUUGAGGUCAAAUACCUUAUCUGGUGAAAUUCCCUCAGAGCUUUCAAAUUUAAGUUCGCUGCAAAUUCUGGACCUGGCAGAAAAUGCGUUGAAUGGCACUAUUCCAGCAAGCUUUAUCAAUCUUAAAGCAAUGGCACAAGUUCAGCGGGUAAAUCAUUACCUAUUUUUUGGAAUGAGCGCUAGGCAUUACUAUGAAGAAAGCUUCACUGCCAAUUUAAAAAACCAGUUUCAAACAUUUACCAAGACCCUGUCCAUUCUGACUAGCCUAGACCUUUCUGGAAACAAUUUAGAUGGAAAGAUUCCCGAGGGACUGAUGAAACUUGCAGGUCUAAUGGUUUUGAACUUGUCAGGGAACAAUUUCACUGGUCAAAUUCCUGAAAGCGUCUCAGAAUUGAAACAGUUGCUGUCUCUUGAUCUCUCAAGCAAUAAGCUCUCAGGUCCAAUUCCUCCCAGCAUAUCUUCAUUGUCCUUUUUGGGAUACCUGAACUUAUCAAACAAUAAUUUAUCUGGCGAAAUCCCUUACAAAGGGCAGAUAACAACUUUCGAUGCACCAUCUUUUGCUGGAAAUCCUGCUCUAUGUGGAGCUCCACUUGAUGUCAACUGUAUAGUCACCAACUCGGAUAACAAAACGAGGAGACCUAAUAAGAAUGACGGUAACAAUGGCUUCAUUGACAAGUGGUUUUAUUUGAGCAUUGGAUUGGGAUUUGCCGCAGGUAUCUUAGUACCUUUUCUUGUUUUGGCAAUCAGAGGAUCUUGGAGUCAUGCCUACUUCUUGCUUGUGGACAAAACCGUUGAAAAGAUAUUAUAUUUGGCAGGAAAAGAUGCUAUGCAUUGCAGGAACCAUCGCCGUUUCAGGGUUUAGUUUCUUUAAACUCUUCAUUAUUGAAAAUCAAGAAGGGAAAAAAAAAUCUUUGUUAUGUGUUGGUAUUAUUUUUGUUCAGUAGUGAAAUUUGUGUUC